AUAAAUGUUUCUGACAUGUUCACUGAAAACUCAAUAAUAAUCUCUUCUUUUCUGUGUUUCUGUGUGCUGCUGUCAGGGAGAGUGACUGAGGGAGAUGAUGUCACUCUAAACCCUGAAACUGAAAUACAGAGAGGAGAUAAGAUACAGUGGCUGUUUGAAGACACUCUCAUCGCUGAAAUCAGAGGAGAGAACAGAGAGAUGAAGACACAUGACGGUCCUGAUGAGAGAUUCAGAGACAGACUGGAGCUGAACGAGACAGGUUCACUGACCAUCAAGAACAUCUUGACUGAACACACUGGACUCUACACUCUGAAGAUCACAAGAGGCAGAAAAACCUUAAAAAACAAAUUCAUGGUUUCUGUUGAAGAGAUGAAGAUUGCAGUGAUGGAGGGAAAAUCUGUCACGCUAAAACCUGCUUAUGAAAUAAAGACAGAUGAUAGGAUUUAUUGGCUGUUUGGAGAUAAAGAUCAAAAGACUGGCAUAGCUGAAUUCAAUGGAAAGACUGGAGAUAUCAUACCAUAUGAUUAUGUUGCUGGUGGGAUAUUCAGAGACAGACUGGAGCUGGACGAGAUGACUGGAUCUCUGACCAUCAAGAACACCAGAACUGAACACUCUGGACACUAUAAACUACAGAUCAUCUCCAGCAGUGGUUUAUCAGAACAGACAUUUAUUGUCACUGUCAAAGUGGAGGAGAAAUUUCUUGAAGGAGAAGAUUCUGUCACUCUAAAGCCUGAUACUGAAAUACAGAGAGAUGAUCAGAUCCUGUGGAUGUUUGGAGAUCAAGACAAGCUCAUCGCUCAGAUCAGAGGAGGAACUCCAGAGAUAUAUGAUGAUGAUGUUAAUGAGAGAUUCAGAGGCAGACUGAAGCUGGACGAGACUGGAUCACUGACCAUCACAGAGAUUGAAGCUGAACACACUGGACUCUAUAAACUACAGAUCAGCAGCAGCAGAGGAGAGACCUUGUACAAGAGAUUCAUGGUUUUAAUAAAAUUGAGGUAUGAUACCGUGACUGUGGGAGAAUCUGUCCGUCUAUACACUGAGCAUCCUAAAAAUCAGACAUUUAAAGAGAUACAGUGGCUGUUUGGAGACGAAAAGUCUCUCAUCGCUGAAAUCAAAGGAGGAACUGUAGUGACACAUGAUGGUCCUGAUGAGAGAUUCAGAGACAGACUGGAGCUGGACGUGAAGACUGGAAAUCUGACCAUCAAGAACUCUACAUAUGAACAUGCUGGACAUUAUAAACUGAAGAUCAGCAGCAGUGAAGGAAACACAAACAGGACAUACAUUGUUAUUGUCAGAGCGAGGAAUGUGACAGUGAAUCUGGGAGAAUCUGUGCAUCUAAACACUGGUCUUAAUAAAAUACAGAGAGGAGGUGAGAUAGAGUGGAUGUUUGGAGAUAAAGACUCUCUCAUCGCUGAAAUCAAAGGAGGAACUGUAGUGACACAUGAUGGUCCUGAUGAGAGAUUCAGAGACAGACUGAAGCUGGACGUGAAGACUGGAGAUCUGAUCAUCAAGAACUCUUCAGAUGAACAUGCUGGACGUUAUAAACUGAAGAUCAGCAGCAGUAAAGGGAAAAUAAACAAGACAUUCAUUGUUAUUGUCAGAGAUGCUCUUGCCACAAAUGAAGCGAGGGAGAAAUCAUCGAUGAAGGAAAACACUGAUUCCAGAGGAAACCGAGUGAAUGAAUCAGCGACUGUAGAGAUACCUCUGUUGGAUGGAGAUUAUGUGAAUGUAGUGAAUGAGGAGGGGACAAGUUCACUUUAAUAAAACAAGACCCACCCACAAGUGUCAAUCACUCUGACAUCAUCAACAUUCAUCUACAACAAAUCAUUUUUAUGCUCAUUGCUAUUUCUUAUUACUCUGACUCUACCAACAGAUAUAAAGAAUAUAUUUUCAUCUUUA